ACAUGGCGUCCAGCCGGGUGCCGGAGAGGGAGGUACGGGAGGAGCCGAUGCGUGCUGCGACCGCAAACCCCGACUUGUGCCUGCACAAAUACUCCCUGCUCAUCAUUAUAGGACGGACCGCUCACCUCAGGCAGACGGGACACACCAGCAGGGACAUUGAACGAGGUAUUCGGUCAUGGGACGUCGACCUAAAAUCCUGUAACCUGAACCUCCAUCUCCAAGAAUUUCUUUCCCACCACACGGCGUCUUUCAAGGGGGCAGGGCAGAAGUGUCUGCGCCACAGUACCAGGGUGUUGGACACUCAGGUGCUUAUCAGUCCAUCUCAGGAACAGGUUCAUUCAGAGGUGUCUGCUCUGCUGUCCAGGGAAUCGGCCAAUAAGCUUUUGAUCUUGGCUGGCCAGAGCGAGGAGGAAAGUGGAGACCUGCUGUUUCACAGAGGACUGUUCUCACCACAACAGCUGAAACAAAUACUAACAGAGCAGUUCGUAGAUAAAGAGAGCUCUGCCUCCUCCUCCAAAAUCAGCCUGACUCUCAGUUGUCCCAACAUCGGCCAGUGGAGGAAGAGUCUUUUGGGGAACCAGCCUCUGCAGGGUCCUUUCACGCUGCACAUCAAUCCCCCAGAGGUGCUGCCUGCCAUGGAAGCCCUGGGGGAAUUCACCUCCCUCAUCUCUGGUACUCUUUCUACUCCAUCUCCCUUCGACCUCCUGCCUCCUCCCACCACUGUGGGUUUUCUUAAGCUGUCCCGCCCCUGCUGCUAUGUGUUCCCCGCCGGUCGCGGUGACUGUGCCUUUUUUGCCGUUAACGGGUUCACGUUGCUGGUGGACGGCGGCUCGGACUCUCAGGCCUGUUUCUGGAAGCUGGUCCGACACCUUGACCGAGUUGAUGCCGUUUUGUUGACGCACAUUGGGACAGAGAACCUCCCCGGGGUCAACGUCUUCCUGGAGAGGAAGGUGGCCGAGUUGGAGCUGAGCUCUGAUAUCAAAGAUGACUUGUCUAAGAGGCUCAUCUCUCCAGAGCUCGGGGUUGUGUUCUUUAACGCCCCCAGCAGGUUGCUGGUGGAGGAACAGCCUUGUGUGGACAAUGUUCUGAAGAGCUCACAUCAGGCGGCCCUAACCCUACAGCUGUUAAAGAAGUUAGACAUCAGACCACAGCCAUUGUUUCGCCCACAAGGGGUCCCCAUUGAGCCACUAACCCUGUUCCAGAAGAUGGGAGUGGGACAGUUGGAUUUAUACAUCCUCAACCCCGGCAAAAACAGCCAGGAGUACCAGACAUUAAUGCAAAACUGGCCUGAUGCAGUGUCAUCAGCAUCCAAAUCCCAAACUCUCCCUCUCACAGCCCUGGCCUCAGUGUCUGCACUGCUCGUGUGGCAUCCAGCGUGUCCCCAGGAGAAGGUGGUCAGGGUGCUGUUCCCUGGUAUUACCCCACAGGCACAUCUGCUGCAAGGGUUGGAGAAGCUCAAGGGGCUGGCCUUCCUCCAGAAACCCACGGUGACCACAGGGGAUAUGGAGAGGCUGGAGGAGGACACAAAGACCAAGAGGACAGAGAGCCAGGACAGUGGCAGGUCACAAGGGAAGGAGUCAACACACAAACAUGGAAAAGAGCGGGGAGUUAAAGAGGAGGGAAAGGAGGUAUUUGUAAAGGAAAAAGGGAAAGUAUUGAAUGGAGUCGCUACAAGAGAUGCUGAUAAAACCAGAAUCAAAGAGACAGGUGUAAAGCAAAAAGCAGCGUUGUCAGAGAAGAUUAUCUCAAAGAAAGGAGUGAAGGAUGGGAAAAAGGAGGAGAAGCCUGGAAAAAAAGAGGAGAAUGGGGUUUUGAGGAACGAUAAGGGGAAGAAGGAUGUUCUCUCUUCCAAACCAAAGAAUGAAAAUAAAACUAAGCUCAAGAAGGAAGCAAAGAAUGACUCUAAAACAGGGGUGAAGAAAACAAUAAAACCUUCAGGAAAGGAGGCAAAUAAUGUCAAGAAGGAACUGUCAUCAAAACCUGAAGCUGGGAGUUUGUUAGAAAUCCCAGGGGGUCUUAAUACAGAGGACCAGAUUCAAAAACCAGAGACUGUAGAGAACCCCUGUGGCUCUAAAAUGUCUACCCCUGAGGAUAUGACAGCAGAUUUUCUCAGACUCCGGGAGGAAACUGAAAGAGGAGAGGCGCAGGUGGAAACAGCAGAUAACAGAAAGCAGAAAAGCAGUAAGUCAGGAAAUGAAAAGAGCCUCAGAGGUAUGAGCAAAGAGAAGAGUAAUGAAGGUGAUGAUACCCUAGGGGAAGAAGCUGCUGGGAUAAUGGGAGGAAAGAGUGGUGAUAAUGGAGCGGAAGAUACAGCUUGGACUGGAGAAAAAGCUGAUGUAGAGCAGCCUGAAAAUGCAGUCAAACCAGCAAAGGUUGUAGGAUUUCCAUCUCCCCUGAACAAGGCGACAAAGGACGAUCCCACAGCCGAGCUAGACUUAACCCCGACCGAAUACACUCUCCUGGACGGGGCUUUGAGAAACAGUCCCCCCUCGCGAUCCUCUCCAGAGAACCAGGCCCAUUUCAGCCCUGACGAGCAGACCGUAGAGCCUGCUUCCCCUGGUUCACGGCCCAACAGUGCAGGCCACACUCCUUACUGUCUGUCCCCAGCUGAUGUUUGGUGUAAUAGGGACACUCUUAGCAGGUUACAGGCCCAGAUGGGUAACUUAGAGUCAGCUGAUGUCAACCAGCCCAAUGGAUCAUCCAAGAAGAGUGAGGGGCAGCCCAAAAGCAAUCAAGAGAGUCACACAUACCCCAGAGAGAGGCAUCUAAGUUUCCUUUCUUUGGGUCCAUUAAAAGAGGGAUGUUCAGACCCCUCUCCCUCUUUCGCUACCACCACCACCACCACCACUACACACUCCAUGCCAGCAGAGGUGGGCUCACCUCAGUCCACAGAAGUAGAUGAAUCACUGUCCAUGUCCUAUGAGCAGGGGCCAACCACUGUGAGUCAGCGAGAGGGGGAUGACAGUGUUCAGAACUCCCACUCCAAUGGAGGCCAUUAUGCUGGGAUGUCUUUACCAAUGAAGAAGCCUCCCAGGUCUUUAGGGCAGGGUUCAGAGAUGGGGCGGCCUCCAGCUCCUAACACACUUGACUUUGAGGGCUCAGCUCACGAUGUGGAUCUAUGUCUGGUUUCCCCCUGCGAGUUCAAGCAUGUCAAACAGCUUGACUCCAGCUCAGGUGCGAGCGAGACGUCCAGAGGAGCCUUCGCUCUGCAUAAUCCCGGCAACAACAACAACCUCAAGGACACGUCACCCAGCGAGUCAAACGCCCCCAUCUGCACGGAGGACUUCCCAUCCACCACAGCAGAUGGAGGUCUGGACUCAGAUGAGGAUGAUUCGUGUAGUGAGCAGUCUAACUCUCCCCACGAUCUACGCUCCAAUCAGGCUCUGCCCCAGGACCCUCUUCCAGCCCCUCUCAGGGACAGUCCCCCCCUUCCCCCACAUCCUGACACGUCCAUGCCCGUUCCGCUGUCUGACUCCGAUGCUCAAGGGAAGAAAGCAAAAGCCAUUGGCAUGCGAGGGAAGAAAACUCCAGCGGUUAUUGAGGCCCCCCAAAAAUCAGGAUCAGGGAAAAGUAGGACGGGGAGUCAAAGUGGAGUCCCAAAGGGAAAUGUCUCUUCUACUCGUACACCUUCAUCCAGCACGCGCUCACCACCAGCAAAGUCAUCACCCAAUCCAGACUCUAAGUCUACAUCUGUUGGUGAAGUCAGUGUGUAUGUGGACCUGGCCUAUAUUCCCUCGGGAUCCUCCUCUCCAACAGCCAGUGUGGACUUCUUCAGAAGCGUUCGCUCCUCCUGUUACAUCAUCAGCGGCGACAGUCCAGAGAAAGAAGAGCUAAUGAGGCAUACACUGGACGCACUACUGGAUGCCAAGAUAUCCUGGCCUGACACUAUGCAGGUGACAGUGAUCCCUACCUACGAGUCGGUGCCGAUGCAGGAGUGGUACCAGCAAACCCUGGAAAGACAGAAGGAGCUGGGCAUCAGUGUGCUGGGAUCCAACAGCACUGUCGCCAUGCAGGACGAGACCUUUCCUGCCUGCAAGAUAGAGUUUUGAGGCGGACUUGAGAAUGCAAUGAUGGAAUAUAAAGGGGGAAUAUGAGCUAGAGCAUGGAAAUGUGUGUGUGUGUGAGAGAGCAAAAAAGAGCAAAAUGAGUGACAGACAAAGAACGUUAAAAACAGAUUAUAUGGCCCCUUUCUGCACAAACACAACUGUCAUUGGACUUUUACUCCUGGUUAAUUAUUCCUUAGUGGGCUACUUUAGCACCACAAAGCCCUUAUUUCUCUUUAUCCAAGGAGAACACACAUUCCUGUGGGUGAGUAUUGCAUGAUUGUUUUUAAACUCAUGACCCUGUGCAAAACAGGAGAGGAGAUCACACUGGCUGCAAGAGAAGCAUGACGAGCUGCAAACAUGUGGAUCCACAUGGAAGAUGAUGUUGUAGAUUAGUCAAUAUAGUUAGCAUACAUGGGGUUAAAGGCACUUUGUCUAGGCUUGUUUUCUUAAUGCAUUCAGCACUGAAGUGUGAUAGUAGUGUGUGCUACCUUUAAGGGCCAAUUUUGCUGCUUUUAAUAUUACAUUUACCAGUCGACGUUAAAGGAAUUGAAAGAUUGUUCAGCCAAUCAAACCGCUGCAGAUAUUCCCAAAUGGCAAGAGUGUGCCAACUUUGGUCGUAUUGUAUUCCUUUAAUUUACUAAUAUUAGAUUUGUCUGAUCAGCACAGAAAAUGUCUAUAUCGUAAAAAGGAGUCUUACAAUGUUCCUUUAAUUAAAUCACAUUCACAGUGUGUGGUCAGGUGUUUGUUGUGAGCACUGUAAGCAAACAUGAGGUGAGCUGUGCUGUGUGUUGUACCUGCUUUUAAAAGGUAUUGUGCCACUGUGGCUUCAUGGUUCACUUGGAGAUCUCUGCCGAGCAAACAGACAAGAUGCGAUGUAUCUGACGUUGACUGAUAAUCUGAGAUUAUUGUAUUUGACGUGCAAAAAUCUGUCAACAGAGAUUAGAGUCCCAGAUUAGAUUUAAAAAGCAUUACAGCAGUCAUCUCAUUAAGAAAGGAACUGUAAUUGUAAACUACUACAAGUGCUUAAAAUCAUACAAUCAGGAAUCAGACAGCUAAUGCUUUUGUAUAAAUAUAUGUUCACUUGUUAUCUUAGUAAAAAAACAUUAAAAGUAACAUUAAAAUGUAUUUUGAUCGUGACAGUUUAUUAAAGACAAAUAUUUUGCAGAACUUAAAAUCAUGGUUUUUGUCACAGUGGGUGGUGAUUUCCACAUUAUACUUUGUAAAUACAAAAAGAUAAAACAUCGGAUUUAUUUAUAUUUGGAAUAAAGUCAUUCUGAUACAUAAAUCGACACACUAAUACUAUAUUUUAUGGGGUCAAAAUUUCCUAGAAAGUUUUAUGGAAUUAAGUAUAUAAUUUGGUAAUAGUUGUUGAUUAUUACAAUUAAUUCCCAGCAUAACACCACACAAGUUAAAGAGUUCAUUGUCCAAUAAUAACUGACUAAUUAAUUAAUAUUUACUUUACAUUUCUAUUGAGCAGUUAUUUCAAGGAGACUCUUUUUCCCCCCUGUAAUAAAAAACACAUUCCUAGACUUACCAGAAAACAAGGACAUUACAGAUCUGUAAAAUAAAGCACACAAAUGUAAUUUAAAGUAUAACAUUGUAAUCUCUCCAGAAUUGGUCACUUUUUAUUUCCUUUUGUCCCACUCUGUAUCUCCAAGAACGGAUGUCAUAUUGUGGUGAGAUGUAAAUGAAUCACGACUGAUUAUCUCAGUUCACACAAAUGUGAAUGUGGCGUAAAGAGUUUCCUAAAUACCAAAGCAUGAGACACCACCGACCAUUCCCCCCCCCCUCCGUCUGAAUGCUGCCUCCAAAUCCAGAAGUAAAAUGCAAUUUUGAAUGUAAUUUUGAUUCAGUACCUCUAAAUUAUCUGAAAGACAUUUUGUAAUUAUAUAAAUGCACAGUUGAAUUUUUAUCAUGGAUUUAUACGAUCAAUGAGAUUUGUUUUAUUUUGUGCCGUUUCCUUUUACCACACUUUUCUGGAAAAGGCUGGAUUAAAUCAUUUAUUGGCAUCGGAGGGUUGAACCAGAUCUGUAAUUAUGGGUGACAAAUAUUUGUGCCCCACAGUAGCAAAGUGAAUAGUAACUAAGUGUACGUGUCCCGCAUGUGUAAAAUACUAUAUGUACUGUAUGUCGUUUCAUUCAUGAUAUUCAUGAAAACAGAGAGCAAAGCACUGUGGGAGAGCAGGGUGGUGCGAACAUUGAGAACCUUUCACAAUGUAAUUGUCUGUAAGUACAUACAGUAACAAUGUCAAAAUGUGAGGGUUGUGGGGCUGGGACUAAUGUAUGAAUAAAGAAUGUGCAUCACCGUU